GGCGCAUAUUGAUGACGUCACAUACGACAACAACGACUCGCCCGUUUCUUUUAUGGAACAAGGCGCUUAGCAAUGGCAUCAGAAGACGAAAGUAAUCUUCUGGUCAUUGUGGUAGACGUUAACCCGAUUUGGUGGGGGCAGCAGGCUCAGAGACAACCUGAGUUCACUCUGUCAAAAUGUCUGGACGCAGUGAUUAUCAUGGCGAACUCACACCUGGUGAUGAAUCGAACCAACAAACUGGCCAUCAUUGCUAGUCACUGUCAGGAGAAUCACUUUCUAUACCCAAGCAAAUACUGGAAAUCAGGAGAUGCUGGGGAUCAUGCAGCCAUGUCUGGAACUAGUGAUGGUAAAUAUGAGCUGCUGUCUGUUGCUGAUGAUGUCAUCGCUGAAGAGAUCAGGAAUCUCAUGGCCAGAACGCAAGUCAGAGGCCACCAGACCGACACGUUACUGGCUGGAUCCCUCGCCAAAGCUCUCUGCUAUAUUCAUCGAGUGUCUAAGGAACUGGAAGGUGGCCAAGACAUGAAAUCAAGGAUAUUGGUGAUAAAAGCAGCUGAUGACUGUGCUUUGCAGUACAUGAACUUCAUGAAUGUGAUCUUUGCUGCACAGAAACAGAAUGUCCUGAUUGAUGCAUGUGUACUGGACUCAGAUUCAGGCCUUUUGCAACAGGCUUGUGAUAUAACUGGUGGUCUGUACCUAAAGAUUCCCCAGAAAACUGCUCUGGCACAGUAUUUGUUAUGGGUUUUCCUGCCUGAUGCAGAUCAGCGUUCACAGCUGGUGCUUCCUCCACCGGUACACGUUGAUUACAGAGCGGCCUGCUUCUGUCACCGUAACCUCAUCGAGAUUGGUUACGUCUGCUCAGUGUGCCUGUCGAUAUUCUGCAACUUUAGUCCUAUCUGCACAACAUGCGAGACGGCCUUUAAGAUUCCACUGCCACAGAUGAUGAAACCAAAGAAAAAGAAACUUAAAGCUGCAAACUAAUCCAAUCGUCCGAGAUGUGACCUCUAAUAUUAAUCUACAAUCAAGUUUUAUUUUGGAUGCAUAUUUUUUGUGGAACUCAAAACCAUGAAAGUGGGCAUUUGAUUUUUUUUCUAAGAAAUGUAAGAUGCAUAAGAACAAGCUUGAACUGUUUUGGACAGUAAUUUUGGAGAACUAUUCCAGGUUUGCAUUUUUGUAUUGUAAAUAGAAAAUAAAGAUGAUGUGUUUUGAUUAUAAA